GCCACGUCGUCUUAAUGUUCUGAUUCAGUUUUUAUUUACAAGAGGAGAUUUCAGUGACGUCACAUCGUUUCCCUUUUUGUGUUCUUCUCGUCGCCAUGGACGAUCUCUCUCUAGAGAAAAUCGAGAUUUCGGGUCCAACAUUGGCGUCACUGAUUCAACGAGCUUCCUCUUCUCCUAGUGACGUCGAUGGCUUGAUCUUCGGCCAAAUCCACCGCAUCGUCUCUUCUAAUCUAUCCGACGAUUCUCCGGCGGAUUUCGCCUCGAGUUCCUCAUCUGAUCAAAUUGUCGCCACCGUUACAAGCUUUAUCUGCUCUGGUAAGACUGUCUCCUUCUAUGAUCCGCUUGGAAGAGUUGACUCGCGUCGAAUCGAUUCCCUCCGAGUCGACUCACCGGACCACCUAAUUGGCUGGUUCUCCGCCCGCAGGAAAACCGCUAACCGUCCAUCAAUGAGAGAGCUCGCCGUCACGUCGUCUCUCUCGUCUCAAUUUCACUUACCGAUCGAGGAUUCGCAAAACCCUAAAUCGACGAACAUGGCUUCCUCCGUGUUCUUUCUUCUUACUACGCCAUCGACGAGUCAGUGCAUUCACACGCACGAGUACCGUGCGUACCAGUUCCGAUCCUCGAAACAACGGCUCGAACCGAGAUCCGUUGCUAUAGUCAACAUUGGACCAGCGUUUCGAGGCCAUUACGGUUCGUUUAGUACAAAAUCGAGAUUUCCACCGUUGAUCUGCGAGUUGAGUAGCUCAGCCAUGAGCGUGGAUUGCGACGAGAGUUCCUUAAGUGCGAAGAAACAAUCAGCAAAAGAUCAGAAGGAGAUUGAUGCGUUAGCAGAGGGGUUACAAGUUGGAGACUUGAAACGUUUGGUUGGAGCUGAAGCUGCGAAUUACACUGGCGGGAUUGAAGAAAUGUAUGAGAGAAUGUUGGCGAAGAUCGAAAGCUUGGCUUCGGAUGUUGAGAAGAGCUCAGCUAGGGUAUUUGAACAGGAGAAGCAUAAUAGGAAGUUGAGAAACCGGGUGGCCAGAAUCGGGCGAUGAAGCUUCUCUUGAAUAUCUGUUUUUGUGGCGCCAGGUGUUAAGUUGUUUCUCCUUCUGCAUUCAACUAGCUCAGCUUGUUUAAAGGUUUUCUUCUAUCACUAUACUUGGAAUUUUACCUUAAAGGUACCAUACCUCCCUGAGAACACUGGCUAGCGUAAUUGGAGCUAUAUGCGGGAAACCAUUUGUAUUAUAGUGUAGCUAUUUCCUAGUCAAACCUUUCCUGGCUAGAUUGCUUUGUCACAAGAGAUCCCUUUUCCUUGUAUGGCUAGUUUUUGUUGAGGAGAACAAUCAAGAAUUGGGAUUGAU